UUCAUGUUUCCUGGUGUGAGGGUAAAGUACAAGGGAAUAUAGUGCCGUAAUUUGAGUACUCAGUGUAGCAGAGAGUCGGGGACCAGACACAUCAACCAUGCUGCAACUGAAAUGGGUAUUCUCCGUAUUAUAUCUUUUUUCGCGGUGCCCUGAGUGUGAGGCGUAUGUGGUCAGACGGUCCGGCAAGGCAGGAUCAUCGGAUGAGUCUUUCACUGCAUUUCUUUCUGACUAUCCAUUUAACAGCCUGUCAGGUUCCUGCAAAAACAGAUGCUUUGAACUAGUGGAAAGCGAACCCCCAAACUGUCGCUGUGACAACCUGUGUAAAACAUACAGUACCUGUUGCCCCGACUUUGAUGAACACUGCCUGAAAACAGCUGGGGGCUUUGAGUGCAGUAAAGACCGCUGUGGUGAAACUCGCAAUGAACAGCAUGCCUGUCACUGCUCAGAGGACUGCAUGGCUAAAGGAGACUGUUGCACCAACUACAGGUCUCUCUGCAAAGGGGACAUUCCCUGGUUGCAGGAAGAGUGUGAAGAGAUUAAAAACCACGAGUGUCCAGCCGGGUUUGUUCGGCUGCCUAUCAUCAUGUUGUCUGUUGAUGGCUUUCGUGCAUCUUACAUGAAAAGAGGAAGCAUGGUGAUCCCCAAUAUUGAGAAACUUAGAUCAUGUGGAACUCACGCACCAUACAUGAGACCUGUGUACCCCACCAAAACCUACCCAAAUUUGUAUACAAUUACAACAGGUCUUUAUCCUGAGUCGCAUGGAAUUGUGGGUAACUCGAUGCAUGACCCUGGCUUUGAGGCCAAUUUUAACAUUCGUGGGAAGGAAAAGCUUAAGCAUCGAUGGUGGGGAGGACAACCUAUCUGGAUAACAGCAGUGAAACAGGGAGUAAAGGCUGGUACGUUUUUCUGGCCAGUUGGCAUUCCAAUGGAAAGGAGAGUUCUGACCAUGUUGCAAUGGCUUCAUCUUCCGCAUUCAGAGAGGCCAUAUGUUUAUGCAAUGCAUUCUGAACAGCUGAUUCCUAUAGGCACAAACUAG